AUGACAAAAUAUGAUGAGCUGCAAAAUUUCAGUUCACAAAAAUCUAAUGCUACACAACACCCUUUUUCUAAAGUAACUACACAACAUUCAGAUGGAUACAAUACUACUAUGAGACAACACAUCAAAGUCAUACAAAACAGUGCAAUACGACUACUACCGAGACGCCAGGUCAGCACGGGUAUACUACCCGGAAACGAACUGUUUAGUGUGGCUCAUAGGAAAUUCACUCCAUCCUUCUUAAACCGUUUCACCUUCAUAGAUACUAAAAAACAGGCAUAUUCUUAUCAUGGAAAAGAACAGAGACUCAUAGCUCAAAGAGAUGGUCCAACUAUAAUUGAUAGAGUUUCAAAUGCAUCUAGUGAUGCAAAGUAUGAACAGCAUGUACAACCUUUGGUCAACUAUGUUAAUCCAGUGACGUUCCUGAAUGAAGAGCUUGCAUGUAUAUCCAACGGACUAACCAACUUGGAACUCCGAAUAGAAGAUGGGGAGGGAAAGGACGUAUUUAUUGAAACCGAUCUUCUCCGACGACUAGGGAAGCAUACUUUCAGACUUGCAUUAAUUAAUCAAUUUAGAAUUUUCAAAAACGUUGGAUAUUUGUCAAAUUCAGAGACAGAUAUUGAAUCGGACAUCAUUUGGCUAUUAGAUAACUCUCCAGUAAUUGAGUUUAUGAAGUUGAAUGGGCUCUCGAAAUGUGUUUCCCUAAAUCGAGAACUUUUGAUUAACGAAAAUCUUACUGAAUCCGAAUUUGAAGCAAAGAAAAAGGUUGUGUUUAAUGCUACAGCGAUUGGAAGUUUUCAUACUAUGAUCGGACUAAUUCACUUCAACCCCCGGUCAGGACUGCAAGAAUUAAUGGAUAAAAUUAUAAAUGGUAAACGAGGCGUAUAUAAUAUAUUGAAGCAAAGUGCUUGA